AAUGCUCGAGGCGCGGGGGAGUUGCAUGAAGAGCCUCAGGUGAAAGCUGGUUCCGGGAAAGGGAAAGGUGGACAGACGACGUCUCAGGCUGUGGCGACCAAUCCUCAGAAGGCCAAGGUAGUCGCCGGUGUACGACAACCAAGCAAGCCCCGAACACGGGCUGCUACCAGAAACGAUGAUGAAAGCGCCGCUCCUGCAGCUGCGCCUGCCGAAGAGGCUGUAGAGAUGGCGCCCCCCGCCGCGGUGCAGGAAGAGAAGAUCAUACCCCGCUCGGCGGCCGAGAGCUUGCAUAAAUCGGACAAUGGGAACAAAGCACGAGCACAGCACGCCAAGUAUGCGGCGCAAAUCAUGCUACGCCAGCACCGGCUGCACGUCAUAAGUUUCUACAUCUCGGGCGAGUGGAUUCGCGCGUUUCGCUGGGAUCAGGCUGGUUGUGUUAUGACCGACGCCGUCAACCUCGUCGACAACCCCGACGACUUCUACGAUCUUCUCUACUGCCUCGGAAACCUCCCAGACAGAUUGUCGGGCUACGACGAGACGGUUACCAGAGCAUCUGAGAACGACAUUCGGCUGCUCAGAGAUUAUACCUCUGAGAACGACGACCUCCAGAGGGCCCGUAGCGAUAUGCUAGAAAAUACGCGGUUCCAUCCCAUUUACAAGAACGGCGUGCGCUGCAUAGCAACGCCGAUCGCUGGCGGCGACGUCUGUGGCAUGCUGCGGAGUCCCCAGUACACGAAGGCACAGAGGUACCUAGCGCCGCCGUCGAAGCAGCCGGCGCUCAUGCGCAUCCACACACGUCUCGUCGUCAAGGAGGUCGGGAAGCCCCUCGAGGCGUACGUAGACACCGUUCAACUUUUUGAGGCGUGCACAUAUGCAGUGAUCGGUCAUAUGGAGGCUUGGGAUAAGGCAGGCAUUCUCCAUCGGGAUAUCAGUGCGAACAACAUUAUGAUAAAUGUUCGCGAAAAUGAGGCCUUCUUAAACGACUGGGAUUUGUGCAAGUACAAAGAAGACUUUGGGAAUCGGGCUCGAGAGAAGGCUGGCUUCUCGGGCACCUGGGCUUAUUUGUCUGCUCUUACUUUGACGCAUCCCACUAAGCCGCCAGAGGUCGCAGACGAUCUAGAGUCUUUCAUCUACGUCAUCCUCAUGAUGGCCUACCGUUUUCACCAGCACACCUACUCGACGAAUCUCAAUGACCUGGAAUGCACGCCAAAGAACAUCAAGUGCGCCAACUACGAGAACAAGCCGCUUGCCUUGCAAAUCAACAAGUUCUUCUACGAGCAGCUGCGCUGUACCGACGGCCGCUACAUCGGCGGCAAGGAAAAGCUAGUGUUCAUCGAGAACGGCAAACCGCCAAUCUGUUUACUGAACGAGGACUCAGUUCUGGCACGGUUCCUCCGCGACGCGUAUGUGCUCUUGCGGGAGCACUACAGCGCGGUCGAUUUUGAGGCGCUCAAGCCGCACUUCGUGGGCGCGCCGUUCAGUCCGAAGGAGAUGCGGCAGUUUAGGCCCCGUGCGACGUCAUCCAUCGUGCACAAACUUGCUGUGAACCUUCGGCCGCAAGCGGUACAGCCGCGCAAGCAGAAGCAGGCGGAGAAGGUGACGGAGUCGAAGCGUGUGCUAGACACUCAUGAUGAACUCCUGGCACUGUUGGACCAGGCGGCCACCGAAGCUGGCGAUAAUGUUCACGCAUACGGCAAGGACGACUAUCUCUUUGACCAAUUCCUUGGACUCGGUGAUGUUGUCGUGCAGGGAACGGCAGAUACCGGGCAGCAGAAGACGAUGUCGAGUUCGUUAAAGCGACCGAAUACGUCUUCGUAAGCCUCAACAUGCGAUCCGUCCUGCCAUGCCUUUGGCUGGAUAACCUGUGUUAUGGGCUUAUUCCUGUCGAAGUUGAACCGCCUGACAGAGCGUAUGAUCAAUGUAUAUUACAAUGAUAGUGGUCCAAGCAAACGAGCCCCACGACCCGCAUGGAGCGAACUACAAGAGUACAUAAAAACGCCGCCUAGCCGAACAUGCCCUCAUUAUCCCGAGACCGCGCUCGAUGAGCAGUACGGCAAGCCGUCGAGCUUGUUGUAUCGCACGAUGCGGAGCCGCCGCGCGGGCGAAACCUUCUUGUCUCGCAGGCCGUGCUGUUUGCCGCCAUGCAAGACCCCGGCCCACAUCGUGUGCCACCUUCGAGUGGCCGAAGGCCCUGCCUAAGAAUGCCGUUGUCGGGUCCUUGCUGAUGUACUUCACCAGCAGGUGGCGCACGCCCGAGGCCGACGAUGUCGUAGACGAAGCUGGCAAUGACGACGAGCGCAAGCUCUCCCAGUUGAUCAGCAGCAGCCCCUGCACGUUCGGCGCCCAUACGAAGUCAUCUUGUGUCGCUCGUAGUCACUUUAGCUGCAUUGGCAGCUAGCCCUUCUUGAAUCCGCUCUCAGGAGAGAUCUUCAGGCGGCUCGCGAGCCCAAGCUCCACGCACACCCAGACGAACCACUUCGCUGGGUUGUACCUGUACCGUCUGAUCGCGUUCCGUAGUCUAUCGGGAACUGGACGGUGACGAGUGCGGUGAUGAAAAUAGAGAGGUGAACGAAGCACAAGCGAGUAGUACCCGCGAACCAGAAUCUGCUCGUCUAGCCGCCCGCGGGUGUUGCCGCUGAAUGAUAGGGUCAUUGCUCAGGUUACUGACUUUAGCCACAUAGAGCUGAUAUUGUGGCUUGACAAUCGUCCAGCCAAGGUGCUAGAGGCCCUUGUGCGCAUUGUGAAUGCCAAU